AUGGCGGUGCGGCAGGCGCUGGGCCGGGGCCUGCAGCUGGGCCGCGCGCUGCUCCUGCGCUUCGCGGCCAAGCCUGGCCCGGCCUACUGCUGGGGGCGGCCCGGCCCGGUGACCGCCUGGGGUCGCCUGGAGCGCCCGGGCCGGGCCGCGGCACCCGGCCUGCAGCCGCGCAGGGUCGGGUGGAGGCUUCCCGACCGCUACCGCUUCUUCCGCCAGUCGGUGGCGGGACUGGCGGCGCGGCUGCAGAGGCAGUUCAUGAUGCGGGCCCGGGGCGGCGCGGGUCCUGGAGGCCGGGCCGUCUUUCUGGCCUUCGGGCUGGGCCUGGGCCUCAUUGAGGAGAAACAGGCGGAGAGCCGGCGAGCGGCCACGGCCUGUCAGGAGAUCCAGGCCAUUUUCACCCAGAAAAGUAAGCUGGGAGCUGACCCCCUGGAUGGCAGGCGCUGGCAGGGCUUCCGGCUGGAGGAGUACCUGAUCGGGCAGUCCAUUGGCAAGGGCUGCAGUGCCGCUGUGUACGAAGCCACCGUGGCUGCGUUGCGUGUGAACCUGGAGGAGGCAGAAGGCACCAGGCUUCCCGGGAGAGGCACAGAGCUCACUACGGCAGGAACGACCGAGAUGUCCGGCCCAGGGGCCCCCCACUUUCCCUUGGCCAUCAAGAUGAUGUGGAACAUCUCGGCGGGCUCUUCCAGCGAGGCCAUCUUCAGGACUAUGAGCCAGGAGCUCGUUCCAGCCAGCCGUGUGGCCCUGGCCGGGGAGUACGGAGCCGUUGUUCAUAGAAAGACCAAGGGGAGCCCCAAGCAGCUGGCCCCUCAUCCCAACAUCAUCCGCGUUUUCCGCGCCUUCACCUCGUCUGUGCCGCUGCUGCCAGGGGCCCUGGUGGACUACCCCGAUGUGCUGCCCCCUCGCCUCCACCCUCAGGGCCUGGGCCAUGGCCACACGCUGUUCCUCGUGAUGAAAAACUACCCCUGCACCCUGCGUCAGUACCUGCGCGAGAAUACCCCCAGCCCCCGCCUGGCCAUGGUGAUGACCCUGCAGUUGCUGGAGGGCGUGGCUCACCUGGUGCAGCAGGGCAUCGCGCACAGAGACCUGAAGUCGGACAACAUUCUUGUGGAGCUGGACGCAGAUGGCUGUCCCUGGCUGGUGAUCACCGACUUUGGCUGCUGCCUGGCUGAUGAACGCAUUGGCCUGCGACUGCCUUUCCCCAGCUGGUACGUGGAUCGGGGCGGCAACGGCUGCCUGAUGGCCCCGGAGGUGUCCAUGGCCCAUCCGGGCCCCAGGACAGUGAUUGACUACAGCAAGGCCGACGCCUGGGCCGUGGGAGCGAUUGCCUAUGAAAUCUUCGGGCUUGCCAAUCCCUUUUACGGCCAGGGCAGGGCCCGCCUCGAGAGCCGCAGUUACCUGGAGACGCAGCUGCCUGCUCUCCCUCGGUCAGUGCCUCCGGAUGCCAGACAGCUCUUGAGGUCCCUGCUCCAGCGAGAGCCCCGCAAGAGGCCAUCUGCCCGAGUUGCUGCAAAUGUGCUGCAUUUAAGCCUCUGGGGGGAGCAUCUUCUAGCCCUGAAGAACCUGGAGCUGGACAAGAUGGUGGGCUGGCUCCUCCAGCAGUCAGCCGUCGCCCUGCUGACCAACAGGCUUGCAGAGAGGAGCUGCGUGGAGACAAAGAUGAAGAUGCUGUUUCUGGCCAACCUGGAGUGUGACGCGCUGUGCCAGGCAGCCCUGCUGCUGCGUGCAUGGCGGGCAGCCCCGGGGCAGCUCUGCACAUAACUGGGAACGACUAAAGCAGUGGGCAGCACCUGUGUGUGAUGGUCUGUGCAUGCUGAGGGUGGGCCGUGUGAGCAGGCAGGAGACAGAGACAGGAGUCGGAGACAGGAUGGCUGGGGGCUGGGCAGCCGAAAGGGAGGCCCAGGGCUAGGGGCAGGGCAGGGCAGGGGUUAAGUUCAUGUGAUUGGAAAGGUAAGCCAUGCAGGCCUGUUCUGGUACCAUGACGACACUGCUCUCCAUCAGCUGUGUUCACCGUGAAAGCGAGUUCACCGUGAUGUUGCAGCUACUGCAUCCUUGUAGCACUGAAGCAGCCCGAACAGAUGAACAGCUAGGCCUGUGUUCUGACAAAGCUUUGUGAGCACAGAGAUCUGGCUUUAUGUGUCACUGUCCAUCUUUUUAAGCGUCUGAAAAAGUAAAUAAUCUUGA